UAGUGAAUUAAAUGUGGUUGUCUGGUUUACUCACAAACAAUAAAGUACUUACACUACAAUACAGUAUAGUAGGCCUACUACAUAUAGGCCUACAUAAUGUAUACAUACAACACAUUAUAAAUUACUUUAAAUUGGGAAAAGAUAUAUAUAUAAUUUUUUAUUAUUAUUUUCUAAAACCACAAAUGAGCUCCCUACAAAUGGGCGUGGCACUGUACAGGUGAGUGGCAGGAGGAGGUAAUCUCAAACACAGGAAGUUGAGUCAGGUGGGCUGUUUUUUCUCGGCAAAAUAGAAAACAAGAUCACAUUGUUCACGGAGUCUAAAGAGGAUGCCAGAGAGGGGAAGACGCCACCAGAGGAGUGAAGUGUAUGAUGAGUACAAGAGCAGGGACAGGGACAACUCACACAAUGGAGACCAUGCGUCAUAUGAUGGCAGAGGCCGCAACCAAAAGCCGAGAGAGAUGGACGAGAGAGGCGCUGCUGGUGACAGGAGGGCCAAACAAAACAGACAGAAGGACAUGACAACUGCCUCUCACAGUGAGCCACCUGCUUUCAGAGACCAUGACCAUGAAGCACCCUCAAGACUGUCCAGAGAGACUUCAGUGUACCACUCUGAAGGGGAGCAUUAUGAGCGACAACACACACAAGCGCUUUACAAUCUCAAAUACGUCUUAACCAGCAGAGGUCUAUGCCAGCUCAUGGAGCUGUUUGUGAAUCUGCUUAUCGUCAUCUGUGCCGGAGUGCCGUACAGCAACAACGGGGGCUACCGUGACCUGGCCAGCCUUGGAGGACUCUACUAUUAUCACUUUGGUGGAGCCAACGCCUUUGCUGGAGCCGACGCAGACAGGGUGAAAGAGCUGGACCGGCUGUUCCAUCAGCUCAAGCGACCUCCGUAUGUCUUCACCAUGGCCUGCGGUGGGGUUUUAAUGAUCUACGCCUGUGUCAUGUUUGCCCUGGGGAUUUUCAGGGUCCCUUACCGCUGGCCCCCUGUGCUGCUGGGGGAGGCGCUGCUGAACCUCCUGAUCAGCCUGGGCUACAUCCCUGCGCUGGCCUUCUACUUUAUUAGGCUGCAGCAAACCUACAACGACCCCAUCUGUACGGAGAGGGAGCAGAUGUACAAGAGCAAAGGGCACAAGGGCUUCGAGUGCCAGGUCCACGGUGCGGAUAUCGCAGGGGGUCUCUUUGGGGUGCUGGGGGUGUUUGUGUUCCUCUUUGGUACAGUGUUAGCUGUCAGAGCGUUCAGGUCAGUGCGGGAGCUAAAGAAGCAAAGGACAAAUGAGGGCAAUAAUUUAUAACGUUUUCCGUGGCACAUUUGAACAAACGUGGGAUCGAUUAGAAAUCCCUGUGACAAGACAACGUGGAAUGUUUACUUUUGUCACAUUAGGUGUUAUUGUUUAUUCACUCGUCUUAAAUGUGAUUUGUGAAUCAGCUUUUUUAUACACUGUUUAUACAAGAAGAAUGUAUUUGAUUUGUGGAGUACUUUUAUAAUCCCACCACUUUUCCAAUUUACAUACUGUGUUUGUUACAUUUUUUAUAUAAAUGUGUAGUUCUAAUAAACU